ACACCCCCGCUCCUCCGCCAGCCAGGACCCCUGCCCAGAGGAGGACGAGGAGGAAGAGGACUGGUUCCACCUGUCCUCUUCCUCCCUGGGCCCCCAGCCCCCCCCUGCUCCUCAGGGAGCAGCAGCCAUGAGGAGCAGGAGGAGCAGCAGGAGGAGAGAGGUAGACUUAGAACCAGGCUGUUCUCCACCUUGAACAACGUCAAGUACGGCUGGUGGUUCAGGUCCAUGUCUCGCUUCAGCCAGAGCUCUCCUGUCAUCAUGCUGGGACAGUCCUACCUGCUGAGCACUGGAGCUGAGAGGAAGCGUUUCCACAGGGCCUUCUCCUCCCAGCUGUGGCUGACCUACAGGAGGGGGUUCCCUCCUCUCAGGAGGGGGUUCCACACACACACCUCCGACAGCGGCUGGGGGUGCAUGCUGCGCAGUGCUCAGAUGCUGCUAGCACAGGGGCUAAUGCUACAUCUGCUGGGUGCUCAGUCUGAGCCUGGAGAGAGCCCCUGCCCCAGCCCCGGCCCAGGUCCUGGCCUGGCCCAGCGUGUGGUGUCCUGGCUGGGGGACCAUCCUGGGGCUCCUCUGGGGCUCCACUUGCUGGUGAGGGCUGGUCAGGCGGCGGGGCGGAGGGCAGGGGACUGGUACGGACCUGGCCUCGCAGGACACAUUCUCCGUAAGGCUGUGGCAGCAUCAGUAGAGGUGGCUCCUCAUCUAGUGGUGUACGUAGCUCAGGACUGCACUGUGUACAAGGGUGAUGUGCUGAGCCUGGUUGAGGUGUGUGUGUCAGGUGACUCCCAGGGUGAAGUUCCUGUUGCUGCCAGCAGGGGGGUCCUCAUCUUGGUGCCUGUGAGGCUGGGGGGCCAUGCUCUCAACCCUGCCUACAUCAGCAGUGUCAAGGGUCUGCUGGGGUUACAGUGCUGUAUAGGAAUCAUGGGAGGCAAACCCAGACAUCUGUACUUUGUUGGCUACCAAGGUGAUAAGCUCCUGUAUCUGGACCCUCACUACUGCCAGCCUGCUGUAGACACCACCCAGCCUGGCUUCUCUCUGAAGUCGUUCCGCUGUAGUCAUCCGAUGAAGAUGUCCUUCUGUCGGAUGGACCCCAGCUGUACUGUAGGUUUCUACGCCAGGGGAGCGGAGAAUGUAGAGGCUGUCUGCUCAGCUGUCAACACGGUUCUCUCCUCCUUCACAGAGACAUAUCCAGUGUUUACCUUCGCUGAGGGCCAUGCCCAGGAGGAGGAUGAAGAGGGGGGCAGGGCCGUCCUAAACCACGCCCGUCUGAAUAGCACCAGCAGCAGAGACGAGUUUGUUCUGCUCUGAACACACUGGGGCCAGCACUCUCCUGCUCUGAACACACUGGGGCCAGCACUCUCCUGCUCUGAACACACUGGGGCCAGCACUCUCCUGCUCUGAACACACUGGGGCCAGCACUCUCCUGCUCUGAACACACUGGGGCCAGCACUCUCCUGCUCUGAACACACUGGGGCCAGCACUCUCCUGCUCUGAACACACUGGGGCCAGCACUCUCCUGCUCUGAACACACUGGGGCCAGCACUCUCCUGCUCUGAACACACUGGGGCCAGCACUCUCCUGCUCUGAACACACUGGGGCCAGCACUCUCCUGCUCUGAACACACUGGGGCCAGCACUCUCCUGCUCUGAACACACUGGGGCCAGCACUCUCCUGCUCUGAACACACUGGGGCCAGCACUCUCCUGCUCUGAACACACUGGGGCCAGCACUCUCCUGCUCUGAACACACUGGGGCCAGCACUCUCCUGCUCUGAACAC